AUGGUAGCUUCAUUACUUGCUGAAUUAAAUGAUUGUGCUUUGCAGGAGUUGGUGAACACCUUUGUUGAUAAUUGGCCACAGUACGAGCACAGGAUCUGCUGCAGACAUUUAUACCAAAAUUUGAGGAAAAAUCAUCCUAGUGUCAUUAUUAGAGACCUUUUUUGGAAAGCAGCCAAGGCUACCUAUCGGCAAGCAUUUGAGAGGACAAUGAAUGAGCUAAAGGAGGUGGAUGAAGAUGCAUUCAAAUGGCUGCAAUCUCAGUCAACAACUAUCUGGGCUAGGCACAUGUUCAAAAGUGAUGGCCAGAGUGACACGCUUGAGUGUAUUAGGCUAUAUCUGAUGAUUAGAUUUCAAGCAAACAGAGAAAUGAUUACGAAGGUGGAAUCUGAGUUGUGUCCUAAGAUAAGGAAGAGGCUGUACAAGGAGAAGUUGGCAUACAACAAGUGGAUAGCAUGUUGGGCUGGUCGUAUGAAGUUUGAAGUGAAGAAUGGGCUUGAGAGUUUCAUUGUGGACUUGAAAGAGAAGAAAUGCAGCUGUAGGAAGUGGGACAUAGUUGGCAUACCAUGUUGCCAUGCCAUUUCUUGCAUAUUUUUCAACAGAGAAGAUGCUGAAAAGUAUGUCAAUGCUUGCUACAAAAAGACUACCUACAUUGAUUGCUAUGAACCCAUUAUAGAGCCCAUCAAUGGCCAAAAUAUGUGGGGUCCUAGUGGACUGCCACCUGUGCAACCCCCUAUCAAAAGGAGACCUCCUGGCAGGCCUAAGAAGAAGAGGGCACUGGAGCCUGAUGAACCUAGAAGUCACAGAAAAAAAAGAGGCCUAGGCAUCUCAAAACAAUGCAAGUUAUAUGGGAAAUUAGGACACAACAAGAGGAGCUGCAAGGGAGAAGUAGGAGGGAACUCCUCCUUGCCUAGGAGUGCAUCCCAAGCUAGUAGGACCACUAGAAGGGCAGCCAAGGAUGCUCAGCCAACAGUACACAGGGCACAACCAAGCUCUAAUGAUGAUGUGACCACAAGUGCACCUCCACCCCCCACUGAUAACCAGUCCAAUCGAAGACAAAAAAAACAGAGGAAGAGAAGUGCAGUCACUACUGAAACCUUGAAUGCAACUGGGAAUGCAGCAAGAUAUAUGGUAGCAAUGAGAUCUGCUAAAAGAUAG